AUGGAUAGAGGGCAAGAAGAAAUCCACUUCAUUGGGCUCUUGGGCAUUUUCAUUGAGUCUCUUAGCAUCAUUACUUCAUGGCGAAAGGUCUUCACCAGAAUAGUUGUCAUCAUCAUCCUUCCCCUUUCUAUCAUCUUCUUAGCCCAUGUCCAAAUCUCCGAGCUUCUCUUCUCGGAGAUACUUCGUAACCAAGAUGUCCUUGAUCAAACCCGAGUAGACACUGAGAAGUACGUAGAUUUGUUAGACAUGAUCUCAUCUGAAUGGUUUGUCUUUUGGGUCUUCAAGAUUUUGUACUUCGUGUUCUUCCUUCUCCUUUCCCUCCUCUCAACCUCUGCCGUUGUUUACACGAUUGCAUGUCUUUACACCUCCAAGGAGAUGCCUUCUUUCUAUGAGCUCAUGACUAGCGUUGUUCCUAGGGUUUGGAAAAGGCUCGUUGUCACAUUCCUAUGGAACUUUGUCAUUGUUUUUAUGUAUAAUGUUGUGGCUAUCAUUGUCUUUAUCUUGUCGGGGUUCUUUGUCUCGCUUAAGGCGGUAGGAUUUGUCAUCCUAUUUUUUAUUGCGUUAUUAUACUUGACGGGUUUUGUAUAUAUCAACAUAAUAUGGCAUCUAGCAAGUGUUGUCUCGGUUUUGGAGGAUGUGUAUGGAAUUCAAGCAAUGAUCAAAAGCAAGGGUUUGAUAAAGGGUAAAUUGAGAGUGGCAGGUAUUAUCUUCCUCACGCUCAACCUUUUCUUUGUCGGGAUUCAAAUUACAUACCAACAAUAUGUUGUGGCCGAGGAUUCAUUGUGGUGCAAAAUGCUGUUAGGAAUGCUUUACUUGAGCCUCCUUGUCAUCUUGAUCUUACUAGGUUUAGUCAUCCAAACCGUGUUUUAUUUUAUCUGCAAAUCUUACCAUCACGAGACCAUCAAUAAGUUGUCAUUGAUGGAUCAUCUCGAGGCUUAUUUAGGACAUUAUGUUCCUCUCGAUUCCAAUGAUGUUCAACUUGAGAAACUUCACGUUUAA